AAACGGAACAAUGAUAGGACGACGAGAAAUAAUACCAGGCUUCUUGUUAACUCUUCUCUCAGUCAUCGCACUAUUUAACUUAGCCAACGCCGGUGGGCACGGUGGACACAGCCACGUAGUAAUCCACGUGCCGUACAAGGUCAAGACCAUCCACCACACUCACACGAUCACGAAACACAUACACCACGGCGGCGGCGGCGGCGGGGACAGUUAUGAAGUACUCGGAUACACCUAUGGCCAUCCUAUUGCCAUUGGGGGUCACGACGGAGGUGGUCAUGAUUUCGGAGGCGGCGGCGGCGGCGGUCAUGAUUUCGGAGGUGGCGGCGGUGGUCACGAUUUCGGAGGUGGUGGCGGUGGAGGCCACCUAGAACUAAGCCAUGGUGGUGGUUUCGGAGGUGGUGGCGGUGGAGGUCAUCACCUUGAGCUAAGCCACGGUGGUAGUUUCGGAGGAGGUGGCGGUGGAUUCGGUGGUGGGGGUGGGGGAGAAGCCAGUAUACCAUCAGCACACAUACUGAUGUGUCUAAAGAAGAAAUAA